UUGAGUCAUGUUUCUCAGAUUGAGUGUGAAGCCUGUCAAUUUGGGAAGCAUCAUUGUAGAUAUUUGGGGUCCUUCUAGAACUCCUACUGUUAAUGGGUUCUUUUAUUUUGUUAUUUUUGUGGAUGAUUACUCUCGGAUGACUUGGUUGUUUUUAAUGAAACAAAGAUCUGAUUUGCCUUCCAUCAUCUCUAAGUUUUAUAAUGAAAUCUUUACUCAAUUUGGCAAAUGUAUUAAGAUAUUUCGGUCUGAUAAUGCCUUAGAAUAUGUGCAAUCUAUUGUAACUACCUUUUGUGAUGCUCAUGGUAUUAUUCAUCAAACUACUUGUUCUCAUACAUCCCCACAAAAUGGUGUUGCAGAACGGAAACACCGCCAUUUGCUAGAUGUUGCUCGCACCCUGAUGUUUAAUAUGCAUGUCCCCAAACAGUUUUGGGGCGAUGCCGUUCUCACCGCUUGUUUGCAUAUGAAUCGCAUGCCCUCUAGUGUUGUACACACAUCUCCCUAUUCUCUGUUAUAUCCCACCACAUCUCCUUUUCCCUUGCCUCCUCGCAUUUUCGGGUGUGUGGCCUUUGUCCAUGUUCUUGACCCUGGGUUGGAUAAGUUAUCUCCUCGUGCACGCAAGUGUGUGUUCUUAGGUUAUUCUCGCACUCAAAAAGGGUACCGGUGUUAUCAUCUUGAGUCUCGUCGCUACUUUGUCAGUGCUGAUGUAACGUUUUUUGAGUCUACUCCGUUUUUUUCUUCCUCUGGGCAACAGUUAUCUCCUGAUCUUCUCUCUUCUCGUGAGGGGGAGCCAGCCUCUCUCGCUCCUACUCUUCCCUCUUAUGUUCCUUCCACAUCCACUCCUCUAUCCUCUCUCUCUCCUCUCACUUCUACCCCUCCUUUGCAGGUUUAUCAACGGUCUCAAGCUCGUCGCAUUGUGUCUUAUGGCCCGGCCAGUUCAUCUCCUUCGUCUGAGGCCCCUGUUCCACCUGCUGCUCUACCAUCUGAUGACCUUCAUAUUGCCCUCCGCAAAGGUAAACGCACUUGCACUCAACAUCCUAUUGCUCAUUUCGUUUCUUAUGAUCGCCUCUCUCCUGGUCUUCACUCUUUUGCUUGUAGCUUGUCGAGUAUUUCCAUUCCUCGCACCUAUCUUGAGGCUAUGUCCAUCUCUAGUUGGAAGUUUGCCAUGGAUGAGGAAAUGCAUGCUCUUCAUCAAAAUCAGACCUGGGACCUUACCCCUCUGCCCUCUGGCAAAUCUAUUGUGGGUUGUCGUUGGAUUUAUACUGUUAAGUAUCUUCCUGAUGGAACUGUUGAGCGCCUUAAGGCUCGCCUGGUAGCUAAAGGCUACACCCAAACCUAUGGUGUUGAUUACUUGGAGACUUUUUCUCCUGUGGCCCGUCUUAACUCUGUUCGGAUUCUUCUCUCUGUUGCAGUUAAUCAGUCUUGGCCUUUAUAUCAAGAAUGCUUUUCUCCAUGGUGAUCUCCACGAGAAGGUCUAUAUGGAUCAGCCCCCUGGCUAUGUUGUUCCCGGCCAAGAGCAUCUUGUUUGUCGAUUGAGGAAGGCCUUGUAUGGUCUUAAGCAGUCCCCUCGUGCCUGGUUUGAUCGCUUCAGUGCUGUUGUGCUUGCCUAUGGCUUUCACCGUUCCACUUUUGAUCACUCUGUUUUUGUUCGCCACUCGUCUACUGGGAGUAUUGUUCUUAUUGUCUAUGUGGAUGACAUCAUCAUUUCAGGGAGUGACUCCAAUGGUAUUGCUGCUUUGAAGCAGUAUUUGGGACAACAAUUUCACACCAAAGACUUUGGCCAUCUUCGGUAUUUUCUUGGGAUUGAAGUUGCCCGUUCUUCUCAGGGCUUGUUUCUUUCUCAACGAAAGUAUGUUCUUGAUCUUCUUACUGAGACUGGUCUCUUAGGCACUCGCCCCAGUGAUACUCCCAUGGAUUCUAGUGUCAAGCUUGCUGGUGACACUGGCGACUUCUUUUCUGAUAUUGGUCGUUAUCGUCGGUUGGUUGGCAAGUUAAUAUAUCUCACUGUCACUCGUCCAGAUAUUACCUAUGCUGUGGGUGUGGUCAGUCAGUUUAUGCAUGCUCCCCGCCAACCCCAUUUUGUGGCUGUAUGUCGUAUCUUGCAAUACUUAAAGCGUGCUCCAGGUCGGGGGUUGUUCUAUCGCCCCUCUUCCUCCUUGUCUGUCGCUGGCUUCAAUGAUGCUGAUUGGGCUGGUAAUACGACUGACCGCCGUUCCACCUCAGGCUAUUGUACUUUUGUUGGUGGUAAUCUUGUCACUUGGCAUAGCAAGAAACAGACCGUCGUUGCUCGUUCUAGUGCCGAGGCUGAAUAUCGCGCCAUGGCUCAUACUGCUUCUGAGAUGCUCUGGGUUCAGUCUCUUCUCCAAGAUUUUGGCUUUUCUGUUUCCACUCCUAUGCGCAUGUUUUGUGACAAUCAGGCUGCUAUCUUCAUUGCCAAUAACCCUGUGUUUCAUGAACGCACCAAACAUAUCGAAGUUGAUUGCCAUUUUAUUCGUGAUCUCUUACUCCGCAAGCAACUGGUGACUCCUUAUGUUCGUUCUGAGGAUCAAUUGGGUGAUAUUCUCACCAAACCUUUGGCUCGGCCUUCAUUUCUUCGUUUGUCUGCCAUGCUGGACAUGUUCGAUCUCUAUGCUCCAGCUUGAGGGGGAGUGUUAGAAUAGUUCUUUUAGUUAUUUUUGUUCUCUUGUUAAUAUUUACUUAAGUUGAGGGUACGAUGGUCAUAUUGCUACUUUAGGUUUUUUAUAUAUAUUUGAGUGAUGUACAGUUGAGGGAAUUAAUUGGUUUUUAAUAUAUACAAAGUUCUCUCUUCUUCUUCUUCCUCCUAACUUUCAACCCUAAUUUCUCCAUUUUACAUUC